GAACGUCACUUCUGGCGCCACUGACAUUGUGACAGUCAAGUAGAUCAUCGAAGGUCACGCGAGUGUCUUUGAAGGGUUAUCGGGAACGGAUCCUACUUUUCUUAGGAAAUUUUAUUUCGAAUAAUUUAACGCGACAUCCGUUAUCAUCAAUAUGCUACCGCGAUUCCUCAGGCCUACCGUAAACGUCGCUCAGCAAGGAGCAAAACGAUUGUCAACUAGCACUAAGUGCGAUGCCAAGGUUGCUGUUAUGGGAGCGAGUGGUGGCAUUGGCCAGCCGCUAUCCUUACUUCUCAAGCAAUCGCCUCUUGUUACUGAAUUGUCCUUAUACGAUAUCGUGAACACACCGGGUGUUGCUGCCGAUCUCUCUCAUAUAAAUACACCAGCAAAAGUUAAAGCUUACAAUGGUCCGGAACAGCUCAAGGAUUCCCUGAAAGGUGCUCAGGUCGUUAUCAUACCUGCUGGUGUCCCGCGCAAACCAGGCAUGACCCGCGAUGAUCUUUUCAAUACGAAUGCUUCUAUUGUUCGGGAUCUCGUCGCCGCGAUGGCUGAAGUCGCGCCGAAAGCUUUGGUAGCGAUCAUCUCGAAUCCUGUUAACAGCACAGUACCAAUUGCAAGCGAAGUAUUGCAAAAAGCAUCUGUCUACGAUCCCAACCGCGUGUUUGGAGUGACCACUCUGGAUAUUGUCAGAGCAAACACAUUCAUCGCAGAAGCAAAAAAUCUUGAUCCACAGAAAAUCUCCGUCCCAGUUAUUGGUGGACACAGUGGCAUCACUAUUAUUCCACUGAUCUCGCAGUGCACGCCAUCAGUUUCUUUCCCGGAUGAUCAGUUGAAGGCGCUCACCGAGAGAAUUCAAGAGGCUGGUACUGAGGUCGUUAAGGCCAAAGCGGGUACUGGAUCCGCCACCUUGUCCAUGGCUUACGCCGGCGCACGAUUCGGGUUAUCGUUAAUCAGAGCGCUCAAUGGAGAGUCUGGUAUUGUCGAGUGCUCGUACGUCAGAUCGAACGUCACUGAUGCUAAAUACUUCUCCACACCAAUUCUUUUGGGCAAAAAUGGACUUGAGAAAAAUUUGGGCUUGGGUAAACUAAGUAGCUUUGAGCAGAAACUGCUGGACGCUGCCAUCCCCGAGCUCAAGAAAAAUAUUCAAAAAGGAGAGGAUUUUGUAAAUAAGAAGUGAAAUCGGACCUUGCUAAAUAGAGCGUGAGAAUUACUGGUCUUUAUUAUUCAUUUUAUAAUCAUGAUCAUCACAGCAAUCAAAUUAUCAUUUUUCGAUUGUGAUGAGCGUGAAAAUCCGCGAAUAUAUUGUUUCUCCUGACUUGCCGAUACAUAUAUAUGUAAAUGUAUAGUAUAUGAAUUGUGCAACAGAUUUUAUCGCAAAUGUAUUUAUAAGAUUAUUGUAAAUGAAAAGUAAACUGCCGAGCAGAUAUAAAUAUAUAUAGAUAUUAGUAUGUAAAAUAAGGAAUAAAUAAAAUAAUAGAAUUAUACACAA